UCGAGAGCAGCCCCCAUACCAUAUAGUAUAAUAUCUGGCCCAGUCUCCCAGUGUUCGUGCUGCACUCUGCUAUCCAUUAUCCGUUUGCUCGCGUGUUAGACGUAGAUUAUCAUCCGUGAAGGCAGGACACAAGAUCGGCUGUGAUCAUGGACCCGGAAGCAUUUUUGGACGUGGCCAACCAGGUCAUCAAGCUGAAAAUGUUUCCGUUCUUCGACAUCGCUCACAGUCUACUUGCCGCGCUGGCCGUGCGCGAGGACUUGGGCGCCAAUGCCCAGGCGUUUUCGCGGAAGCAUCCGCUCGCCUGCUGGCUCUCCACCAUGCUGGUGAUCUUCGCCGGCGGUAUGGUGGCCAACGGACUGCUGGGCGAACCGAUACUGGCCCCACUCAAGAACACGGGUCAGCUUCUCGUGGGCACAGCUGUGUGGUACGUCGUCUUCUACACGCCAUUUGACAUCGGUUACAAGGUGGCCAAGUUCCUGCCCGUGAAGAUCGUUGCCAGUGCCAUGAAGGAGAUCUACCGGGCAAAAAAGGUGUACGAUGGUGUGGGACAUGCGGCCAAGCUGUAUCCGAAUGCCUGGAUAAUCAUGAUCAUCAUCGGCACGCUGAAGGGCAACGGAGCGGGAUUCACCAAGCUGAUCGAGCGACUCAUCCGUGGAGCAUGGACUCCAACGGCCAUGGAAUUCAUGCAGCCCAGCUUCUACACCAAGGCUUCCCUGCUGGCCUCGAUCAUCUUUGUGCUGGACAAGAAGACCGACUGGAUCUCAGCACCGCAUGCGCUCGUUUACUUUGGCAUCGUUAUAUUCCUGGUCUACUUUAAGCUGUCUUCCAUUCUGCUGGGCAUCCACGAUCCCUUCCUGCCGCUGGAGAACCUCUGCUGUGCCAUCUUUUUCGGCGGCAUUUGGGACAGCCUGGCCAAGAUCCUGGGCCGCGGGCAGGCCAAGGACGGCGAUAGCAAAGAUGUUAAGAAGAGCAACUAAACUAUUUGUAGUCAGCCCCCCCUUUCCCCACCCCCGACAAAUAGUACUUAACGCUGCCAGCCAAAGCUAACGCCUAAAACGCACACAAUUUAUACAUAAAUAGCAAUUUAUAAUUUAUA